AUGUUUUCUUUAUAUUUGAUAGAGAAACAUUGAAUCACACACACUACGAAGACUUUAAGAAUUUUCCUUUCGAUGAGAGAGUUUUAGCUAUCAAGUGAGGAGAGAGUAGCGAAGAGUAUCAAAGAUUCGUAGCCUUUCUUUGCUGUUUCUCGGAGUAAAAAAGUAUCUCAAAUAACAUUUACAGAAGAAAGUGCUUGACGGAUUCAAUUGAAGAAUUUGAAUUGUGAACGCAAGGACUUGAUUAUAGAAUUUCCACUAGUCAUGGACAAGGAUCUUGAUCAGUUGAUUAUAGACAUUCCACAAACGUGCGAGUGUUUCAUCUACAAGGUUCCCCCGGAACUCCGCAAAGUAAAUCAUGAUGCCUACACUCCAAUGCUAAUUUCAAUUGGCCCAUUUCAUCACAAAGACGAAAAACUGAAGAACAUGGAAAAACUGAAACUGAGAUAUUUCAAGGAAGCCCGUCAUCGAACUAAGAAAAGCACGGCGGAGCUUGCAAGAUGCAUCGAAGAAAAGGAAGAAACUAUUCGUCAUUAUUAUGCGGAAAGCUUUGAUAUCACUAGGGAAGAUUUCACGAAUAUGAUUCUUUUGGAUUCUAUUUUUAUCAUUGAGCACUUGUGGAGGACUAAGCGAACUUCUCUAAAGAGUCCUAGCUCAAAUGGCACUUCCUCUCCUCAAAAAGAAGAAUGCUUCCUAGACGAGCAAAACCCAAGGCUAAGCUACUCUAUCUUGCUGGACUUGAUAUUACUUGAGAAUCAGGUUCCAUUUUUUGUUCUCGAGGACUUAUAUAAUUCUGCCUAUGGUCACCUCCCUGAUCAACAUACAACAUACCAGCAAAAUGGUCACAGAGACGAGGAUAAGCCCUUUCAUAAGCUUGUCCUUGAUUACUUUUUACAUUUUUGGGAAGAUUUCGGUUUAAAUAGCCCUUCUUAUAAUUGCAAUAAAAUGUUGCCUGUUAAGGACAAGCAAAUCAGGCAUUUUAUUGAUUUUCUGAGAUAUCUUCUCCUUCCAUGCGAAUACGCCCUGGAAUGUGGAAAAAGUAUUAAACGUCUACCUUGUGCAAAAAAGUUGGCUGAGGCAGGAGUGGAAUUUAGAGAAGUCCCAGAUAGAUUCUUCCAUGAUAUUGAGUUUAAGAAGAGUUGCUUAUUGGAGAAAUGCCCAUGUUUAAAUUUGUCCUGGCUCUUGAGUUGCUUUCCAUGCUUCAAAUGCUUGGAGAACAUGCAGCCUAUCUUGGAAAUCCCAUCCUUUACAGUAGGGGAUGCAACUGAACGUGUUAUCAGAAAUCUCAUGGCCUUUGAGCAAUAUCAUUAUCUAGAGGAAGCUUACAUCUGUAAUUAUAUUGUGCUAUUAGAUCAUCUUAUAGACACUGCAGAAGAUGUGGAUUUGCUUGUUGAGAAAAAGGUGCUUGUUAACUGGCUAGGCAGCAAUAAGGCAGUGGCAAUUCUGAUCAACAGACUUUCCCAACAAAUUGUAGAAGGUAAUCGUUCCCGUUACCAUGAUCUCAGUAAACAACUUAACAGGCACUAUGAGAAUUGUUGGAACAAACUUAUGGCAUCCUUCACAAGUCUAUAUUUCCGUGAUUUUUGGAGAGGCACCGCAACUGUUGCUGGAAUUUUGCUCCUAUUUUUCGCCUUUAUGAAUUUCCUUAGGCCUUUUGUCUUCUCUCACCGCUGAAAAUCGGUGGUUCAGUGUUAAUUUGUUGGAGACUUGGAGUGCUUUCCUUCUUGUUGCUUUAGCUGCAUCUAGACUUUGUGAUAAUGCUUUGCUCCUAGUUUACCAAAUGUAUUCGAUCAUGUUGUGAGUUUGUGAUCGAUGUCGUUUGGAAAUAUUAUGGUCAGGAGAGUCUGUAUUUUAGCAAAGAAAGCUCGAUCCUCUGUUAUCACAAAUUCACAAUGAAUCCUAUGACAUGUAUCCUAAUAUCAUUAUUGAUUA